UGAUUGGCUGGCCGGGCUCCCACGAGGGGUCGCAGGCGAAAGAUUUGCGAAAGGGUUUAUUGUUUCUUUGCUUUCUGGAGCUGAAAUUGUUUGCUACCCCCAGUUUCUUCAAUCAAAUUUCCAGACGGAGAAAAAAAUAUGGCCGGUGGCAAGGCAGGAAAAGACAGCGGGAAAGCCAAGGCUAAGGCCGUGUCGCGCUCCCAGAGGGCCGGGCUGCAGUUCCCAGUGGGUCGUAUCCACAGACACUUGAAGACCCGCACGACCAGCCACGGGCGCGUCGGAGCCACGGCGGCCGUCUACAGCGCCGCCAUCCUCGAGUACCUCACCGCCGAAGUUCUAGAGUUGGCAGGAAACGCCUCCAAAGACUUGAAGGUGAAGCGUAUCACCCCCCGCCACUUGCAGCUGGCCAUCCGUGGCGACGAGGAGUUGGAUUCUCUUAUCAAAGCAACGAUCGCUGGUGGAGGCGUCAUCCCCCACAUCCACAAAUCCCUCAUCGGGAAGAAGGGCCAGCAGAAGACUGCGUAGACGCCGCCGCCGCCGCCGCCGCGUUGACCAGACAUUUGGGGGCUUGGGCUUUGUUUGGACCAGGAGUUCACAUUUGUUCUUUUCUAUUAUUAAUAUUAUAGCAAACGAAGAGUGAUUGUUAGGCUUUGUGUUGGUAUAUUUCUCCCGUAAAUAGUUAAAAGUACAGAAAGUCCCUUAACCGCAGUAAACCCUUUUUUUUAUGUCAUUGUAGACCGUUUGACUGGGGAGUUCAUGAUUAUUGACAUGACAGUGAAUUUGUUUGAUUGGCUUGGGAAUAUGUGAUGUUUUAUACUGAAAUUGUUUAAAAAAACGUUUUUUGUAUAAAAAAAAUCUUGUUUUGUGGUUAUUUUUCUUAAAGUUACAAUAUUUCCUAUAACCUGUUUUUUAAAAAGACGGUGGUUUUUUUGGACAGUUGAUUUGGUAACAGCAGCUAAAUGUGACACUUUGCUUUGUUUUCCUUUUUAAUUACUGUAAUACUUUAGAACUGCACAGAGAUAGUGGUUAUGAAAUUUUUCUCUUUUGUUUUUGCAUCAAAGUAUCAAUGAACACGUACUGUACCAGUCUGCUACAGUGUUUUUUUUUUUUUGUGAAUGUUUACAGUGUUUAAAAACUUGUUAAACUUGAAAAAUACAUAUUGACAGAUGUGAUCUUGAAACACUGACCUAACAGUGUUGGUUUUCUUUGUCCUCGCUGUGCAGCAAACGUCCAGCCGCUUGUUAACUGCGUAUGUCUGAGGGCACAGCUAGAAGCCAGGCAUACUGGUGAAGUUUUUAACCCAGCUUAAAACAUUUACCUGCAGUUUUUUUAUAUGUAUUGGCAAACCAAACUGUCCUCACAUGUCCAUUUCAUUAUUAUUUUUUUAACAAGUCAAAGCAUUUUCUAAUAGUUGCGUGUUCAGGACAAUGACUGCAUAUUUUAUCUUUUAAUAAAUACCCUUGACAUGUUG